AUGUCGACGCUGCAAGAGCUUCAGGACAAGGUCGCAGACCUUCAAAAGCAAAAUGAGAUCUUGGGCAUGGAGAACGAGAUGCUGGCUGACUAUCUUCAGCGAGAUGCAGAGAGAACCUCUGGCCUUGAGGACACAGAUGAGGUGCGCCUUGCGCGCCUGGCGCGCCUGGCGUCCCUUCUGUGCCCCGGCUUUCUGCAUCGUGGCCCAGCUGGCCAGGGUGCGGUCGCGGCGGUCGGUGCGGUCACCUCGCAGUCAGAUGCGAAGCAGUCGGAGGCGCCCAACCGUCAGGCCAAUUAUGUGGAGCUGCCAUGCUUUUCUAUGCGAGAUCCUUAUGCUUCCCUGCUGUUACACGGGGUGAAGACAGUUGAGACACGGAACUGGCCAAUGCUGAAGGAUGUGUCUGGCGCUUGCCUUUUGCACAUUGGCCACAAGACGAUGGACGAAAAUGUGGCCGCUGAGUUUCUGUGGAGCAACGGCCUCGCUGAGCCGGAGGAUGUGGAGAGGCUGCUGCAGCCGCCGCAGGGGCUCUUCCGUGGCCAGGUCCUGGGUCUUCUUGACUUGGACAAGACGAGGAGGUACACAGAAGAGGAGACGAGGCAGUCGAACAUACAAACGGCAGUGGCAUCUGAGGUUGUGGGCAAGUGGGCAACGCCAGUGCGAAGAGCGUGGUGGCUAAAAAUACCUUUGCGGGUGCAAGGCCAGCCUGGUGUUUGGACAGUGAGAUUGCCUAGAGAUGCGGCGCCAUCGCAAGCAUUACCACUCUUGGGUUUGAGUGAGCGUGAGCCUGCUGGCACUGAGCUGUCGAGAAAUGCUUCUGACGCUUGCUUGAACAGUGAAAGCAUGAAACAAUUGCCGAGUCUGAUGGUAUUUGACCUUGAUGGAGUGUGCUGGUCUCCAGAAAUGUAUCAGACAAAAGGAGGCCCUCCUUAUCAAGCAACUGCGGAAGGGGCCGUCAAUUCCGCCGGCGAGGAGAUUCGACUCUUCCCUGCAGUGAGAAGAGUUUGGGGCCUGCUUCAAUCUGCGGCCUCGCAAGGAAUACGCGUGGCUGUGGCGAGCAGCUCGAGAAGGCACAAAGCUUUGCCUUUGCUGAAGACGAUAGAAGUCACCCCCGGCGUGUCCAUGAUGGAUCUCAUCGACCAGAGUCUCUUUGAGAUGUACUACCGACGCGGUGAGGGCAAGCGUCCGCACUUGGAGGCCUUGCUGGCCAGAUCUGGUGUUCAGCCAGAGGAGGUCCUUUUUGUGGAUGAUAAUGAGGAUAACAUCCGAUCUGUCAGGCGACUUGGGAUCACCGCAGUGCACAUGCCAACGGGCCUUUCAGAGGAUUCUUGGGCAUAUGCCCUGGACGUGUACAAAGAGACCGACAUCAGAAUAGCAGAGGUGAAACGCGAUGCCUAUGAGUUCAGGCGAGACAUCGUUGUGGGGGCAGAAAAUCCCAGAACAGGCAAAACCAUUGCGGAGAAGGUUCUGAAGUACAUGGAGGACAAGCUGACGCAAAAGGACAUGCAGAUCAACAAGCUUUUGAUGAAGAAUCAGGCGUACAAAGUUGCGAUCAAGAAGGCCGAAGCAUCUCUCAAAUCAAAAGCGGAGACGGGCGAUGACCUGCAGUACAUUGACUUUCACCAGCUCCAAAUCGAGAAUUCCCAGUUCGUGAAAAGAAUAGAGGAGGCUAAUCAGGAGCUUAUCGAACUAAAGCGCCGUGCUGGGCGAACAGUCAAGAUCCUGAACAACAUGAAAAAGAAGCUGAGCAGCCUUACGGCUGAGGCAAAGUUCCUGGAGGAUGAAAUCAAAGAGCGUAAGGCAAUGCUGGCAAAAACUGAGCAUGACAUCGUGAAGGUGGUGGAGGAGAAAGAGGCUGCGCGGAAAGAGCACAAGAAGCUCCGAGCACAGUCGAGGCAGUCUCCAGAGAUGCCACAAGUGGUGGAUUAUGUCAGCCAAAAGGCGGAGGCCUAUGAAUUGGAGGCGCAGAAGCGUAACUGGGAACGAAAAGUAGAGCUUGCACGGCGCUCAGUUGUGACAGCAGCUCGUCUUGAACGAUGCAGCAACAUGGCUUGCCCAUUUGUGAUCAUCGCUCGCAGAAAGGGUGCUCGGCUCAAGCAUCCAAACCAAUUCUGA